AUGCUUCAGGCAAGUUUGCGCUCACCUGCGCCAAUCAGAUGUGAGCCUCACCAAGUUGUGAGAGCUCAGGCAGCACGACCUGCGUUUUCCCUUGCCCCUGAUGCAUGGCCUCAAGUAGGUGCAGCCGGUCUCUUUGCUGCCCUUAGUUAUGGCUACCGGAGGUCCAGAUCUACUGCAGGUGCCACUUUGGCUGGUAGUUCAAGAUCGUACGUCCAGAUGAAGCAAAGCAGAACACCAGGCUCAGGGGUUGCGUGCCGAGGGCUUCAAACAGGCAUAGUUGGACUUCCAAACGUGGGAAAGAGCACGCUCUUCAACGCAUUGUGCGAUACUGGCGAGGCCGAAGCAGGGAACUUCCCAUUCUGCACCAUUGACCCCAAUAUGGGGAAAGCUAAAGUCCCAGACGAACGCUUGGAAAAGCUGGCCAGUUUGGCCAAGAGUGAGAAGACAAUUCAUGAGAUGAUCGAGUACGUUGACAUCGCAGGGCUGGUGAGGGGGGCUUCCAAAGGAGAAGGCCUCGGCAACCAGUUUCUGGGCAACAUCCGCAAUGUAGACGCCAUUGUGCAUGUCAUUCGAUGUUUCGAUGACGACGAUGUCACUCAUGUGGACGGCUCCGUGGACCCCGUCCGAGACAUUGAGACGAUCAGCUUAGAACUGAUUUUUGCAGAUGCUGAUCAGUGCACCAAGCGGCUGAAGAAAGUUGAGAGAGAGGUGGUGGGCCAGGUCAAAGGUGCGAAGGAAGAGAAGCAGGCCUUGGAGAAGGUUCUGGUUGCCUUGGAGGAAGGCACGCCAGCGCGAGCAGCAGGCUUGUCUGAACAGGACUUGGAGGCCUUGAAGACGCUUUCGCUGCUAUCUUUGAAGCCUGUCAUCUAUGCUGCCAAUGUUGCGGAGGAUGACCUCGCAGAGGGAAAUGAUUAUGUCAAGGCUGUACAGGGCUAUGCGGCUGAAGCAGGGGACCAGGUGGUGGUCGUUUCUGCGCAGGUUGAGGCAGAACUUAAGGGCCUGGAUGCUGAAGAGCGAGCAGAUUAUUUGGAGUCUUUGGGAGUGAAGGAGAGUGGCUGCGGGAGCUUGGUACAGGCCACCUACAGGACCCUUGGUUUACGAACCUACUUCACCUGCGGGCCAAAGGAGUCUCGCGCGUGGACCAUCCAUGAAGGCUGGAAGGCACCAAAGGCUGCCGGGGUCAUCCAUACGGACUUCGAGAAAGGCUUCAUCAAGGCUGCUACCGUGAGCUACAACGACUUCGUGGAGUGUGGCUCCGAGGAGGCAGCAAAAGAGAAGGGAAAGCUUCGGAUCGAAGGGAAGGAUUACGUCGUGCAAGAAGCUGAUGUGAUGCACUUCAAAGUGUAA